AUGGCAGCAUACUGUUUGUUGUAUCCCCUAAUCUCUAGUACUAUGGCAGCCUUUUGGUUGUUGUACCACCUAAUCUCUGGUACUAUGGCAGCCUACUGUUUGUUGUAUCCCCUAAUCUCUGGUACUAUGGCAGCCUACUGUUUGUUGUAUCCCCUAAUCUCUGGUACUAUGGCAGCCUUUUGGUUGUUGUACCACCAAAUCUCUGAUACUAUGGCAGCCUACUGUUUGUUGUACCCCUUAAUCUCUGAUACUAUGACAGCCUGCUGGUUGUUGUACUCCCUAAUCUCUGGUACUAUGGCAGCCUACUGGUUGUUGUUCUCCCUAGUCUCUGAUACUAUGACAGCCUACUGGUUGUUGUACCCCCUAAUCUUUGGUACUAUGGCAGACUUCUGGUUGUUGUACUCCCUAAUCUCUGGUACUGUGGCAGCCUACUGGUUGUUGUACUCCCUAAUCUCUGAUACUAUGACAGCCUACUGGUUGUUGUACUCCUUAAUCUCUGGUACUAUGGCAGACUUCUGGUUGUUGCACCCCCUAAUCUCUGGUACUGUGGCAGCCAUCUGUUUGUUGUAUCCCCUAAUCUCUGGUACUGUGGCAGCCUACUGGUUGUUGUACUCCCUAAUCUCUGAUACUAUGACAGCCUACUGGUUGUUGUACUCCCUAAUCUCUGGUACUAUGGCAGACUUCUGGUUGUUGUACCCCCUAAUCUCUGGUACUAUGGCAGCCAUCUGUUUGUUGUAUCCCCUAAUCUCUGGUACUGUGGCAGCCUACUGUUUGUUGUACCUCCUAAUCUCUGGUACUGUGGCAGCCUUCUGUUUGUUGUAUCCCCUAAUCUCUGGUACUAUGGCAGCCUACUGUUUGCUGUACCCACAAAUCUUUGGUACUAUGGCAGCAUACUGUUUGUUGUAUCCCCUAAUCUCUAGUACUAUGGCAGUCUACUGGUUGCCUACUGGUUGUUGUACUCCCUAA